GGGCGGUCUGAUCGUUAAUGAGCUCGAGGAAGCCGCGGUGCGGCCCACCGGGUUCCAAAACACGGAAAUGAAGGAGGGAGGCGGGACUGAGGGUGCCUGCGGGAGCCGCCGCGGAGGAGAAGGAGGAGGAGGAGGCCGCCGCGAUUGCGGCGGUGCUCCGUGCUGAAGGCGAGGGACGCUCGAGUUGGGGAGACCGAAGGGGGGGCGGGGAGCGCUAGUGCGCGCGCCCGGGCGCCAGGCGUCUGUGAGGGGAGAAGUGGAGCGGCGGGCCGCGGGAGGAAGCGGCGGCAGCAGAGUGAGUGAGCGAGUGAGCGGCGGCGGCCCCCGCGUCCCCCGCGCCUCUAUGGGGGAAGCAGACAAUGGAUUAUGACUUUAAGGCGAAGCUGGCGGCGGAGCGGGAGCGGGUGGAGGAUCUGUUUGAGUACGAGGGCUGCAAAGUGGGACGCGGCACCUACGGUCACGUCUACAAGGCGAGGCGGAAAGAUGGAAAAGAUGAAAAGGAAUAUGCAUUGAAGCAAAUUGAAGGCACAGGAAUAUCCAUGUCGGCUUGUAGAGAGAUUGCACUUUUACGGGAAUUGAAGCACCCUAAUGUGAUCGCGUUACAAAAGGUGUUCCUUUCUCACAGUGAUAGAAAGGUUUGGCUGCUAUUUGAUUAUGCCGAACAUGAUUUGUGGCACAUCAUUAAGUUUCACCGGGCCUCAAAAGCAAAUAAAAAACCAAUGCAGUUACCAAGAUCGAUGGUUAAAUCACUGCUUUACCAGAUUCUUGAUGGAAUCCAUUACCUCCAUGCAAACUGGGUGCUUCACAGAGACUUGAAACCAGCAAAUAUCCUAGUAAUGGGAGAAGGUCCGGAAAGGGGGAGAGUCAAAAUAGCUGACAUGGGUUUUGCCAGAUUAUUCAAUUCUCCCUUAAAACCUUUAGCAGACUUGGAUCCAGUAGUAGUGACAUUUUGGUAUCGAGCUCCAGAACUAUUGCUUGGUGCAAGACAUUAUACAAAGGCCAUUGAUAUAUGGGCAAUUGGUUGCAUAUUUGCUGAACUAUUGACUUCAGAACCUAUUUUUCACUGUCGUCAGGAAGACAUCAAAACAAGCAAUCCUUUUCAUCACGAUCAACUAGAUCGUAUUUUUAGUGUCAUGGGAUUCCCUGCAGAUAAAGAUUGGGAAGAUAUUAGAAAAAUGCCAGAAUAUCCCACACUUCAAAAAGACUUCAGAAGAACAACGUAUGCCAAUAGUAGCCUCAUAAAAUAUAUGGAAAAACACAAAGUGAAGCCUGACAGCAAAGUUUUCCUUUUGCUUCAGAAACUUCUUACUAUGGAUCCUACAAAGAGAAUUACCUCAGAACAAGCUUUGCAGGAUCCCUAUUUCCAAGAGGAUCCCCUGCCUACGUCAGAUGUAUUUGCUGGCUGUCAGAUUCCGUAUCCCAAACGAGAAUUUCUUAAUGAGGAUGAACCUGAAGAAAAAGGAGACAAGAAUCAGCAGCAGCAGAAUCAGCAUCAGCAACAAACAGCACCUCAGCAGCCGCAGCAGGCAGCGCCACCACCACCACCGCAGCAGCAGCAGCAGCAAAACAGCACCCAGACAAAUGGGACAGCCACAGGAGCAGGAGGAGGGGCUGCUGGGGCAGGGCUCCAGCACAGCCAGGACUCGGGCCUUAAUCCAGUGCCUCCAAAUAAGAAACCACGGCUAGGGCCUUCAGGCACUAACUCAGGCGGGCCUGUCAUGCCUUCUGAAUAUCAGCACUCCAGUUCACGCCUGAGUUACCAAAGCAAUGUUCAGGGAUCGUCUCAGUCCCAGAGUACCAUGGGCUAUUCCACGUCAUCUCAGCAGAGCUCCCAGUACCAUCCAGCUCAUCAGGCUCACCGGUACUGAGGAGUCCAGCAGACUCCCCUCAGCAUGGAAUGAAUGAACCAAAAGUCAAAGGCUCCAGCAAUAUGAAGGUCACAGUGAGAAGAACCAAAAAUGCAAACUGUGAUACAAAUAGAAGAUUCUGAAGUAUAUGAGAAGAACCUUAUUGAUUGAACGUUUUGCGGUGGACUUAAUCAACCUUCUUUAUUAGCUUAAAGAAGGUCUUUGUGAAGUUUCCCAGCUCCCUUCCCCUUGCAUGUGUUCAUUGUGGUUACUCUGAUAAAACGUCUGAUCUAAACCCAGCACUUAACUUUUCUAACCUUCAGCAUUGUUUUGAAGGAUUCCUGGUGCACCUUUCUCAUGCUGUAGCAAUUGUCAUGAUUUGAUCUUUUCAAAGCUCUUUAAUAGAAUUUUAAUGUUUUAGAUUGGAAUUUCAGCUGUAUAUAGUUUUAUACUAAGCAAAUUGGUUCAACAACACAGGUUAAAUGCACCUUUUUAAAGCACUACGUUGUUUUCACAGGAUGUUACUGUUUUGCUCAUGGAUGUCACGAACAGAACAUUUUAACUAUUCCAGAAUACUUAGUGAUUGUUUUUAUUAGUCUAGUUUUCAGGAAAGUUAAAGGGGGGGAGGGAAGAACCCACAACAGAAAAACAUUCUAGGGCCUUGCAGUUGAUACGCUCCAUGCUAGUGAACUGAAUACCAAUUAAGGGAUCGUGAUUGAUAUGUUAAUCAUUCAUAUGGAACACCAUUUUUAGAAUCAUUGUCUUGUUCCAUAUAGUUUUCAAUAAUUAAGUUUCAUGAUUUUAAUCUACUUCUAGGACAUCCUUUAAUAUAGCUAAGACCACCUUAACAGAGGUUUCAGAACUUUGGUGGAAUGUAGUCCUCUGGCCAAUCAUACCAGCUAGCAAGAAAAACAUUUUAACUACCUUAGAAUUUUAUUAGAAAGGAGUGAAUGUUGAUUAAAGGAUGCAUUACUUAACCUUUCAAAUGAAAAUUUUUCAUGCAUAUUGUAUAUAAAGUUGGCUUCUCUAAAGAUUUAUCCAUUUCUUCGAUUUUGGCCAGCUUGCAUAAAUAGCUUAAAUAAUCCAAGUUAAUUAAAUAGAAGCUUACUAGUUAAUCUUUUAAAAUAAAAAUUUGAUGAUUCCCAUUCAUUUUUGCAUUAGAUGUAAAGUAACUAUUUCAAAAGCAUGUUAAAACAUUUAGAUUGUUUUUCAUGUUUAAGAUAAGUAUUAUGUAUACAUAAUAUUGCUGUUGUUGAUGAAACUUUCCAUUAAGAGGCUUUACAUUGCACUGAAAUAUUUCUUUUGCCCCUAGAAAAAAACUUUAUGAGUGUGCCUGAAAUCUAUAGGCAGAUAAGUGUAAGACUAGAAUAGCUAUCGUGAAUAUUGCAGUUACCAUUAUCCUCGAAUCUGGCACUAAAAAUCCUAUCACUGUCUAGUUGUAGGAGCCUCUGCUCAUCAGAAAAGUAAUGAUUUGGGGAAGGUGUUUUUUUUUUAGUGUUUAUAAAGUAAUAUAAAAAUUGACAACUCUAAUCAUAGUUUAAAAGGGAAAUUAUCUGGGUUCUUCAGAAUGCUUUUAACUAUGGAAGUGGCACCAGCCUUAUUUCACAAAUCCUUUUCUAGAAUUAGAAGUAACCGUGAUUACUAUAUACGAUUUUUUACUAUUUGUGAACUCAUCUACCUGGUUUUGAUAAUCUGGGUCCCGACUCAAGUAAAAUAAGACUCUAGAUAGAAUCCAGUCUACAUUUUGCACUAACAAUGUGUUGUUAUGGCCUUCAGAGGGCCUUACUUCUCUCAGCAUAAUGUUUAUAAUUAAUAAUCAUUUAUAAAAACUAUAAAGACUAAUUAUAGACCAGGCCACAGGCUGCACUCAAAGCAAUUUUCUAUUCUCCAUAAUUGGUUUUUUUUUCCCCUUUCAUUCUGUUUGUGAGAAAGCAGCUUAUAGCCGGUGUCUAGUACAGUGCCUUGCACAUAGUAGGUAUUCAAUAAGUGCAUGUUGAAUUAAAUCAUUAUAGUCAUGCCAGCAUUAUAAGUUUAUCAUAAACACUGAAUCACAAUAUAAAACUGUCAGUUAAGUAAUCGUUGAACAUGUACUAUGUGCCUAGUGUUGGACUAGAUACCUUGUAAGAUGAGAAAUCAAACUAAGAUGUCCUUUGUGGUGGAGAGUUCUACAUCUUGUGAUAACUGCCUUAUUAAAGGUAGGCUUAUAGCAAGAUUCUUUAGGUGUUAAACCCACUAAGGAUGGGUUUGUAUAAGCGAGCAUUGUUCUAUUAGAGAGGUCCCACUGUGUAUCCAACUUCAGUAGAAAGAAAGCACCAAAUUAAAUGCAAUGAAAAGAAAUUCUAUUUGGAAUGCUAAUAAAGGUUUUUCAGUCAUCCUCUAGUGUCAAUUGUGGCCCAAGCUAAACUAAGUGCUUUAGGGAGUUAGAAGGAAAGUAUUCCUGUCCUAAAGGAGAGAUUACAUUUAGCAGGGGAGAUAGAACAAAGAGAGAGGAAAAGAAACAGAGGCCGGAAUGCCAUGCUCUUUAGGACUUGGGACAUUUGCAAACAUGUAUGUCAUGAGUUUAAUGGGCUGGUACUGAAUUUUAUCUCUUAGAUUUUUAACUUCUCAGAGUGUGUACACACACACACACACACACACACACACACACACACACACACAGUCACACACACAGUCACACACACUCACACUGCAGCCAGAAAUCCUUGUAAGUGACUAGUUGUUUUACACUCUAACCAAGCCUAUUAGCUUUUUUUUUUUUCUGUCAGCAUUUUCUUUUUUUCCUCCUCUUCUGGUCCCACCCCAUCAAUGCUCAUUCUCACCUAAUUUUAGAACAGUUUAGUUUUGUUUUAAUUUUUUUUUAUUUCACUUCAAAGGGGAGAAUUUGAAAACACUGCAUUUUUACAUUUGAAUUUUCCUGUGCCCAAAUGAACAUAGCUUCAUCUGAAAAUAAGGUAGAUAGUUCUCUGUAUGCUCAAGGGUAUAGUGUAUAGAGACACCCAAAGCAGGGUACUUAAAGUUAAAACAGUAAAUUAAGUAAAAAUAGACAUUGUCUUUUGGGCAUGUUUGCUGCCAUUCCUAUUGCAAAUCAUCUUAGAACAGCUUUCUCUCUGGUUUUACAGUGAGAUGAAUGUAUAUCUAGAAGAAAGAUGUUCCAGAAUUCUAAGAUAUAUGAGAGUAAAGGUUAGACUUCCUCCUGUCAGGGCUGAUAUAAUGAGGUUGGAAUUACCUUUGUAAAAAGAUAAAUAAUGCAGUAACUUGAAAAAACCAAGGACUAGUAAGUAUAUUUUUGUACCUGUGUGAUUUUUGAAAAAUGACUUAGUGCUUGGAAUUUUGGCCUUCUGCAUAGCUUCUCUUUGCCCUCACAAAAGCAUUUCACACUUUGCAGUUAAAAAUAGGAAGUGACAUUUGCUUAUUUAUUUGUUUAUGGCCUGGUUCCUUUAGUAAAACAACAGAUCACUCCCCAUGAUGAUGUGAUUCUGUUAGUUGAAAGGGUUAAAAAAAAGACAGAAAUGGGAAUCAGAUUAGCCACCAUCUACUUUGAGUAAUUGUAUGUAGCAAAAAAAAAAAAAAAAAAAGCCAAACCCUAUACAAUGAAGGAAAAAUUGUAUGAAAAUUGCAAAUCCUGCCUGCACUGUUAUCUGUGAUACUAUCUUCUUGAUGGGUGAGGGUUCAGAAAUAGCAUUCAGAAAAGAGUCUUGAAGUAUUCAAAUACAUGUAACAUUUUAUAUAAAACGUAGCAGUUUAGGUUCCCUUUAUAAGCUUCAGGAAUGGUCCACAAAUAUCAUUAGGCAAAGAUAAUUGUUGUAGGAUUUUAAAAAAACAAAACAAUGUAUUGUACAUAAGGCCAUACAUACUCUUUUAUGAUGUCACUACAAAGGAGUGAUAUGUAUUACUAUAUUAAAAAAAAUCCUUAAUGCACUGUUAUCUCUUAAAUAUUUAGUAAAUUAAUACUAUUUAAUUUUUUUAAAGAUCUGUCUGUGUAGACACUAAAAGUAUUACACAAAAUGUGGACUGAAGAUGUCCUUUUUAAUAGCAAUUUAAAUAACUUUUUAUAUGUCAUGUAGUAUAUACUUUCCAAAUUGCUCUAGUUUGUAUUUUCCCAUGUUUCCUACUUGUGAAAGUGUGCCUGUCUGUUUCCUCUUUCAAUAAUUACAUGCACGCGUUCUUCAUUUUCUAAUUAUUACAUGGAGUACUAUAUAGGCUUUUCAUGCUACCGCAAAGGUUUGCUGCCGUAGUCAUGUGGUAGCCAUGGACAGCUGUGCCCCUUGUGGUGGGUGUGCAGGAAGAGCCGCUUGCUUACUUUCCAGUUAAGAGUUUACUGCAUUUGAGUUGUCUUGACAUCGUUCUCUAAAUGACUGUUGAAACUAAAAUGAGUUAAUUGCAUUUAUUUUAUAUUCUUGGUUGUAAUAAAAUUUAAUUGACUUUG